UUGCCUUUAAAUCCAGAUGAAAGGCUGUUGGCUGUUGGGUAAUUUGGGUGAAAGUGGAGGAGGAGGAGCUACUGAAUGGAGGACAGCUUUCUGUGACAGGAUCCUGACAGGAGUGAUGGAGCUGAUAAUAAUAUCAGGGGGUAUUGUGGUCAUCCCCAUCCUCACAUUCAUCACCUCCGUCCUGUUCUGGCCUGGAGCGCUCAUCAAGGCGUACAACUGGUUCACGCGUCACAAGCUGGGACUGGUGGUCCGCUACUCUCACAGUGGAAGUUACCGCUUCUGUUAUUCCACCCGGGGGACACCAGGGGGCACUACGCCAUCACUUCUACUACUGCAUGGCUUCUCUGCGAAUAAGGACAUGUGGCUACCUGUCAUCAAGUACCUCCCCAGAAACCAGCAUCUGGUGUGUGUGGACAUGCCGGGGCACGAGGGGACGAGUCGCACCGGGGCAGAGGACUACAGCAUCGAGGGCCAGGUUGCCCGAAUCCACCAGUUUGUGCAGAGUAUCGGUCUGGAUAAAAGACCCUUCCACGUGAUUGGGACAUCGAUGGGUGGCAACGUUGCAGGGGUGUACGCUGCCCGCUACGCUGCCUACCUGUCUGGAGCCACCUUGAUUUGCCCGGCAGGUCUUGUUUAUCCUAAAGACUCUGAGUUCAUCAGUCGUCUGAAGAAGCUGGAGAACAGUCCGCAGGAGGAGUCAAUCCCUCUGAUCCCCACCACCCUUCAGGAGCUGGAGGACAUGCUGAGUCUCUGCCUCUGCAACUCGCUCAGCUUCCCCCGGCCGGUCCUACGGGGUCUCCUCGCUAACAGGUUGCCCAACAAUGGAUUUUACAAAGAAGUGUUCAUGGAGAUUGCUGGAGAGAAGUCUCGUCACUCACUGCAGGAAAACCUGCAUCUGAUCACAUCACCUGUGCAGGUCAUCUGGGGGCAGGAAGACCAGGUGGUGGACGUGUCGGGGUCUACGGUGCUGCAGGCGGCACUGCCAAACUGUCAGGUGGAGCUGUUGGACAACUGUGGUCACUCUGUGGUGCUGGAGCGACCCAGAAAGGCUGCACAGCUGAUCGUGGACUUCCUGUCUGUGCAGACAGGCAACGGUGAAAAUAAGAAACUUUCCUGAAGAAAACUUUUGAACCAUGACAACAGGCUCUCAGAUAUUCCUGAAGUUUUUACAUGUUCAGUUUGCAGCAUGCAGGAGGCGGCAGUCUCUGUUUUAAAUGUUAAUGCUGAUUUAAAAAUAUUCCAUAUUUUGCACAUUUCACUGUAUUUCAGUCUCAUGUUUCAUGUAAAGUCUCCUGCUGCAUAUUUAACCUUAUAAAAGCACAAUCAUUCAGAAUUAAAAAUGUACUGUAAGCGAGUUCCGAUUCAUUAAAAGUUUAAUAAUUGAGCUGAUCUAAUGAAUGAAUUCAACUGUACAAAGAUUGUCUAUAAACUAAAGGAAUGUAUCAUCUGAAGAAAAUUGUAAUUAUUUUAUUGAUUGAUUGAUUGAGUAUUGUGUUCUUACCUGUAGUAAUAUCCCCACGAACACUAGGCGGUGAAACAUUAUACCAAAGAGUAGAUAAUAUAUUGAAGAAUACCACACCUCCAGAAGAAAUGAUACAGAAGUGUGUAAUUUGGUCCAAUAAACCAAAUAUUAUGUUAAAUUCUGAAUGACCUAUUAUUACUUACUUACUUAUUUUCUUUUAUUAUUUUAAGAUGAAUAAAAAUAAAAAUUCAAUUUUGAUAGAAA